GCGCUCACGUGACCCUCGCUCAAUGGCGGCGGCGGCGGCGGCAGAGGCAGUGCCGGCGGCUUUCGGCGGCUGGAGCCGGAUCCUGUAGCCCGGGUGUGGGCCCGCGUCAGUCCGUCCCUCCUUCGGCCCCCUCUCGUCUUCCGGAGUGUGGCUGGCGCAGCCGCGAUGGCGGAGCGAGGCCUGGAGCCGUCGCCGGCCGCGGUGGCCGCGCUGCCCCCGGAGGUGCGGGCGCAGCUGGCGGAGCUGGAGCUGGAGCUGUCUGAGGGGGACAUCACACAGAAAGGAUAUGAAAAGAAAAGGUCCAAACUCCUGUCUCCUUACAGCCCACAGACUCAAGAAACUGAUUCCACAGGACAAAAAGAAAGAAACCAGACUCCCGCUCCCACGGCAGCUCAGACUUCUGCUCCUUCCAAGUACCACCGUUCACGUUCUGGAGGUGCAAGAGAUGAGAGAUACCGAUCAGAUAUCCACACGGAAGCAGUCCAAGCUGCUCUGGCGAAACACAAAGAACAGAAAAUGGCUUUGCCCAUGCCCACCAAGAGGCGGUCCACGUUUGUCCAGUCUCCUGCGGAUGCCUGCACACCUCCGGACACGUCUUCGGCCUCUGAGGAUGAGGGCUCUCUGAGACGCCAAGCUGCGCUCUCUGCUGCCUUGCAACAAAGCUUGCAGAAUGCUGAGUCCUGGAUCAACCGCUCAAUCCAGGGAUCGUCCACUUCUUCAUCUGCGUCUUCCACGCUGUCCCACGGAGAGGUCAAAGGAACCAGUGGGUCCCUAGCUGAUGUAUUUGCCAAUACUCGAAUAGAGAAUGUCUCUGCUCCUCCUGACGUCACUGCGACUACCUCUUCCUCCUCUUCCUUACUGCGUCCCGCCAACAUUGACCUGCCCCCAUCCGGCAUAGUCAAAGGCAUGCACAAAGGCUCCAACAGGUCCAGCCUCAUGGACACAGCAGAUGGUGUUCCUGUCAAUAGCAGAGUGUCUACAAAAAUCCAGCAACUUCUCAACACUCUGAAACGACCCAAAAGACCCCCCUUAAAGGAAUUUUUUGUGGAUGACUCUGAAGAAAUUGUGGAAGGUAUACCUCAGCCAGAUCCCAACCAGCCAAAGCCUGAGGGCCGCCAGAUGACUCCAGUGAAGGGAGAGCCCCUCGGCGUCAUCUGUAACUGGCCACCUGCACUGGAAUCUGCCCUGCAGCGCUGGGGCACUACCCAAGCCAAGUGCCCUUGCCUCACUGGACUGGAUGUGACGGGGAAACCAGUCUACACCCUCACAUACGGGAAGUUGUGGAGCAGAAGUUUAAAGUUGGCUUAUACACUGCUUAAUAAACUGGGAACAAAAAACGAACCUGUGUUAAAACCUGGAGACAGGGUUGCCCUGGUUUACCCCAACAAUGAUCCUGUCAUGUUUAUGGUGGCUUUUUAUGGAUGUCUUCUGGCAGAAGUGAUUCCAGUACCCAUAGAAGUACCCCUGACCAGAAAGGAUGCCGGAGGUCAGCAGAUUGGCUUCUUGCUAGGGAGCUGUGGGAUUGCCUUAGCUCUCACCAGUGAAAUUUGUCUGAAGGGCCUGCCAAAAACCCAGAAUGGAGAAAUCGUACAGUUUAAAGGUUGGCCUCGCCUUAAGUGGGUUGUGACAGACUCCAAGUACCUUUCGAAGCCGCCCAAAGACUGGCAGCCGCACAUAUCGCCUGCGGGCACGGAACCAGCGUACAUUGAGUAUAAAACAAGCAAAGAGGGGAGUGUGAUGGGAGUCACAGUGUCCCGGCUUGCAAUGCUGUCCCACUGCCAAGCUCUGUCACAGGCCUGCAGUUAUUCUGAAGGAGAAACUGUCGUAAAUGUCUUAGACUUUAAGAAGGAUGCUGGGCUGUGGCAUGGCAUGUUUGCGAAUGUAAUGAAUAAGAUGCAUACAAUUAGUGUGCCCUACUCUGUUAUGAAGACCUGUCCUCUCUCUUGGGUCCAGAGAGUCCACGCUCACAAAGCCAAAGUAGCACUAGUGAAGUGUCGGGACUUACACUGGGCCAUGAUGGCACAUCGGGACCAACGGGACGUGAGCCUGAGUUCUCUGCGGAUGCUCAUUGUCACCGACGGCGCCAAUCCCUGGUCUGUGUCAUCCUGCGACGCUUUCUUGAGUCUGUUCCAAAGCCACGGGUUGAAACCUGAAGCCAUCUGUCCCUGUGCCACAUCCGCUGAGGCCAUGACCAUAGCCAUCCGAAGGCCUGGAGUGCCAGGGGCUCCUUUGCCGGGAAGAGCCAUUCUCUCAAUGAAUGGACUGAGCUAUGGGGUCAUACGGGUCAAUACUGAGGAUAAAAAUUCAGCACUGACAGUACAGGAUGUGGGGCAUGUCAUGCCUGGAGGCAUGAUGUGCAUUGUGAAACCAGAUGGACUUCCUCAGCUCUGCAAGACAGAUGAGAUCGGAGAAAUCUGUGUCAGCUCCAGGACUGGAGGAAUGAUGUACUUUGGACUUGCUGGCGUGACCAAAAAUACAUUUGAGGUGAUUCCAGUGACUUCUUCAGGCUCUCCUGUAGGAGAUGUGCCCUUCAUCCGGUCAGGACUGCUGGGAUUUGUGGGGCCUGGUAGCUUGGUGUUUGUGGUUGGAAAAAUGGAUGGAUUGCUCAUGGUCAGCGGCCGAAGACACAACGCUGACGACAUUGUCGCUACUGGAUUGGCUGUGGAGUCGAUAAAGACGGUCUAUCGGGGGAGAAUUGCUGUGUUUUCUGUGUCUGUGUUUUAUGACGAGCGCAUUGUGGUGGUGGCAGAACAAAGGCCCGAUGCGUCUGAGGAAGACAGCUUCCAGUGGAUGAGCCGAGUGCUGCAGGCGAUUGACACCAUCCAUCAAGUCGGUGUGUACUGUCUUGCCCUGGUGCCAGCCAAUACAUUACCAAAAACCCCGCUAGGAGGGAUCCAUAUAUCCCAGACCAAACAGCUCUUUCUGGAGGGUUCUCUACACCCGUGCAACAUCCUCAUGUGCCCACAUACGUGUGUGACGAACUUGCCAAAGCCCCGACAGAAGCAACCAGGUGUAGGCCCUGCCUCUGUGAUGGUUGGCAAUCUGGUUGCUGGUAAACGCAUAGCACAGGCUGCCGGAAGGGACCUCGGUCAAAUAGAAGAGAAUGAUCUGGUGAGGAAGCACCAGUUCCUGGCGGAGAUUCUGCAGUGGCGAGCCCAGGCAACUCCUGACCACGUCCUCUAUGUGCUGUUAAAUGCGAAGGGAACUACUGUGUGCACAGCCAGCUGCCUUCAGCUUCAUAAGCGAGCAGAGAGGAUCGCUUCAGUACUUGGUGACAAGGGACAUCUGAAUGCAGGGGACAAUGUGGUUUUGCUCUACCCACCUGGUAUCGAGUUGAUUGCUGCAUUCUAUGGCUGCCUGUAUGCAGGGUGUAUACCUGUGACCGUGCGGCCCCCUCAUGCGCAGAACCUUACUGCCACCUUGCCCACAGUACGCAUGGUCGUUGACGUCAGCAAAGCAGCGUGUGUCCUCACCACUCAGACUCUAAUGAGGUUGCUCAAGUCUCGAGAGGCAGCAGCAGCAGUGGAUGUGAAAACCUGGCCAGCCAUCAUUGACACAGAUGACUUACCCAGGAAACGUUUACCUCAGCUGUAUAAGCCACCCACUCCUGAGAUGUUGGCAUAUCUUGAUUUUAGUGUCUCCACAACUGGCAUGCUUACGGGAGUGAAGAUGUCCCACUCUGCAGUCAAUGCUCUCUGCAGAGCCAUCAAGCUCCAGUGCGAGUUGUACUCUUCCCGACAGAUCGCCAUCUGCCUUGACCCUUACUGCGGACUUGGCUUUGCUCUCUGGUGUCUCUGCAGUGUCUAUUCGGGUCACCAGUCCGUCUUGAUCCCUCCUAUGGAGCUGGAGAGCAACCUCUCCCUGUGGCUCGCCACUGUCAAUCAGUACAAGAUCAGGGACACCUUCUGCUCCUACUCAGUCAUGGAGCUUUGUACCAAGGGGCUGGGCAGCCAGGUGGAGGCGCUCAAGACCCGAGGGAUCAACCUUUCCUGCAUCCGAACUUGUGUGGUAGUCGCAGAGGAGCGGCCUCGGGUCACCCUCCAGCAGUCCUUCUCCAAGCUCUUCAAAGACAUCGGCCUGUCCCCUCGAGCUGUCAGCACCACUUUUGGGUCCAGGGUCAAUGUAGCGAUAUGUUUACAGGGGACCUCAGGGCCCGAUCCAACAACUGUGUAUGUGGAUCUGAAGUCGCUGAGACAUGACAGGGUCCGUCUUGUGGAACGAGGUGCCCCCCAGAGUCUCCUGCUUUCUGAGUCUGGAAAGAUCUUACCUGGAGUGAAAGUAGUUAUUGUGAAUCCUGAGACCAAAGGACCUGUUGGAGACUCUCACCUGGGAGAGAUCUGGGUGAAUAGCCCCCACACCGCCAGUGGCUACUACACCAUCUACGACAGCGAGACUCUUCAGGCCGACCAUUUCAACACCCGUCUGAGCUUUGGAGAUGCUGCCCAGACGCUCUGGGCCCGGACAGGGUACCUCGGGUUCGUCCGCAGGACGGAGCUCACCGCAGCCACUGGAGAACGUCAUGACGCCCUGUAUGUGGUGGGUGCGCUGGAUGAGACACUGGAGCUGAGGGGAUUGCGAUACCAUCCUAUAGAUAUAGAAACCUCCGUGUCGAGAGUCCACAGGAGUAUUGCUGAAUGUGCUGUGUUCACGUGGACCAACUUGCUGGUGGUCGUUGUGGAACUGUGCGGCUCUGAGCAGGAAGCCCUGGACCUGGUUCCCCUCGUGACCAAUGUGGUCCUGGAAGAGCAUUACCUCAUCGUUGGUGUUGUGGUUGUUGUGGACCCGGGGGUUGUCCCCAUCAACUCCAGAGGAGAGAAGCAGAGGAUGCACCUCCGAGACAGCUUCCUAGCCGACCAGUUAGACCCUAUCUAUGUGGCUUACAACAUGUAGCCAGCACUGGAGGGGCCACAGGGGAGCCCUGUGGUUAGGAGCAGGCUUUCAGCAGGCAUGAAGAUGGCUCGGGUACAGCCUUCAUCUCACCCUUCGGGACUCUGCAGUCACAGCACCAGGAAAACCAUGUUGACAGUCCGUCAGACCUAAGCUCUGGCAUGUGCGACAGCACGUCACUAAAGCAGGCACACGCAUGUCGCGCUACCCUCGUCUGGUAUACAGACCUGCAUUUUCACCUAACCUUUUAGGCUUUUGAAAGGGAGUUUAGUGAAUUCACACAAAGGGGGGAUCUGAGUCCCACAGUUCCCCACUCUGUACUGUAUUUUGCCAUUUCCAGUAGUCAGGUGUUCUGCAGGGUUUCUUAACAUGAAACUACCGAGCUUGAGUCAGCCCAUAAGCAAAUCCAAUAACCCACAUGAGAACUGCUUUAAUGUGUCUAACUCUCAGUUAUAAACAUUCUGACCAGUGUUUAAACAUGUCAGUAAGAACACACAUAAUCCAGCUAAAGAAACAGGCGUCCACUUGCUUAACUGGGUAGCUGAGCUUCUGCUGGAGAGCGCUGUGGCAGGACCGUCUGGCCAGCAACACAGAGCCUUCCAUCAGUGGGGUGUGCUAAACGAAGGCUGCCUGUGCUGUGUGUAAAGCUUACGCCCAGAACUAGCCUAAGCUGCUUUCAACCCACUCCUCCCAGCUGAAAACACUCGUGUCAGGAUUUAGACAUAACCAAGAAGCAUCAGUUCCUAACUACGGAACCACAGUUCACUCAGGUCAGUGUUGAGACACCUAGAGUGACCACAGGAGGAUUGCCACCUUCUGCUUCCCUAUGCUCUGUGUCUGCAGUUUCCCCUAGAUCAUCCCCUGAGAACUGAGGCGUGAGCUCUUCCUCAGAGGUCAGUGAGGGUGAACGCUGAAGGCUGGGAAGGGAGUGGAAUCAGCCAGCUCAUGGCGCUAACUGUAGGCCACAUGCGCACAUCUUACCAAUAGCCAAUGUGGGUUGGCAGACUAGUCAGACCCCGUGGAACAGGAAGUCUGACCCCGCAGGAGCUCUUGAAACUACCGGUGCCUGAGCCACACUCAGUGCAGGGCUGAGUUAGGCUCUGGCUCAGUUCCCAUUCUUUGGUCUGAAACUUCAUGUAUCUGAAUAUAGUUAAAUUUUAUUAUUUUUUUCUUACAGAAAUAUUUUUAAAAAUUAAAGAAAACCUCAAGUGAAAAAGAAUUAACCUGUUAAAUCAGAAUGGCUCUCUUUGACCCGUUCUGGUCGAUCAUGUAAAUAUUUAUUUAGACUAUUUUGAUAAUGCAUAUUAUUUACCCCACUGUAACAUCCUGUAAACUAAAUGUGUUUUUAAGCAAUUUUUAAGACUUGUAAUUGCCCUAAAAAAAAGGUUUAUUAAGCCAAGACCAGACUGAGAGCAGGGCAGCAUUGCCGGGCUGUCCUCAGUCUCACGGCGUGGCCUCUGUGGGCCCUUCUCCAUAGUCCUCUUCCUGUAACUAAGCGCCACAGAGGGGGACCCUCUGCUUCCACCUCAGGGCCUGUGCACUUGGGAUAGGAUUGGUCUGCGUGGGAUGAGGGAGAUGUUGGGGUGUACAGGGGAGGAAUGUCACCUCCUGGGCAGUGACGUCCCAUCUCACUAUCCAUUCCUUUACAAAGGAAAUGCCGACUUGUUUUGAAAGUCUUAAAACAAUUAGUUUUGCUUCUUUUUUUUUUUUUCCUUUGAGACAGGGUGUUUUGAUAUAGUCCAGGCGGUUGCCCUCCCCCCACUGGGUUACAGUCGUACUCUGCCAUGUGUAGCUUUUCAGAUGGUCUGUGAUACUUACUAAGCAAAGCAGAGCCUGGGUAGCAAACAGUUCCUUGUGAGCAGUCCCCAAGUUUUAAGGUCCUUCAGUUCUAAGAAGAAAACUUGUAGACCAAUUCCAUCUUGACUGAUAACUCUUACUAAUGCAGAUUAUUACCUUAGUGUCACUGUCCGUGACACAUUGUCUACAGGAAGUGUAAUGUGAGUCACAUCUGUGCUUUAAACUUUCCUAGUAACUACUUUUAAAAAAAGAAAAGGAAAAGGUCUCAUUGUGCAGCCCUAGCUGCUUAUAACUGGCUCUGUAGACCAGGCUGGUCUUCAGCUCAGAGAGAUCCCCUCCCUCUGCCUCCUGAGGGCUGGGCCUAAAGGUGUGCACCACCACAACUAGCUGAAUCCAGCGUCUAAACAUGUCUUAAGGCAUGUGAUACUGGUUUUAAUAUAUUUACCCCAAAUACUAUUAUUUUGAUAUAAAAUCGCUAGCUGGUUUCUGUUCUCUUAUAAUUUCAGAAGUGUCAGUCCAUCUCACCAGCCAGUGCCCAGCCAGUCACCCCCAGCUCAUCUGUUUUGAGAUGAAGCUGGAGUGGAACACGGGGGGGGGGGGGGGGCUGUGCUUAACAAACUCCCUAUACUGAGCUCAUCCCAUGUAGCCCAGGCUGGCCUGGGACCUCUGGUCUUCCUUUCUCUGUCCUGAGUACUGAAAUUGCCGCAGACACCUUCAUGCCUUGCCCCCAGUCUCUAGUUUGUCCCCUUCUGAUAAUGACUGCUUUUUUAUUUUCCUGUUGCUUUUCUUUGAGUCCAUCCCCCAAAGCCAGACUUCACUAAUAGAGGAACAAAACCUGAGAGUUGUCCCCAGGAACUCUGCUAGUUGGUGAUGGACCCCCCAAGGGCUAUCUCAGACUUGUUUUCCCUUGAUGGCAUCAUGGUUCUGGCCCUUUCCACAUUUAGUGGAAGCUUCCUGGUUGAACUGACAAUGAAAGCAGUCCUGGAAACCCAUUAUUGAUAAAACAAAAGGCCUGCAGAAAUUCCUGACCACUGAACCUGGAGGGUGGGAGGGUGGGGUGAGCAAGAGUAAACGCCAUCGUAAUUACAAAAGAGAAAACUUUCUCUUUUUCUCGUGUGUGUGUGUGUGUGUGUGUGUGUGUGUGUGUGUGUGUGUGUGUGUGUGUGAGAGAGAGAGAGAGAGAGAGAGAGAGAGAGAGAGAGAGAGAGGGAGAGAGGGAGAGAGGGAGGGUGGGGGAGGGGGUUACUGUAUAGCCUUUGCUGGCCUUGAGCUUGAUGUUCUUGCCUCAGCCUUCCAGUGCUGAAGUUACAGGCGUCCUCAACCAGCCACACCUGGCAAGAGAAGUCUUCUAAUCUGGAAACUGUGAACCCUCAGCCCUCAGGAGAGGGCCUGAGAUGGAUCAGGGAGUUCUAGCUGCACACAUCCUGAGCGCCUAAGCCCUCAGAAUGCCCACCAUGCACACAGAGACCCCAUUCUCCCCAAGACCAAGUCCUCCGCUAUUGGGGACCAUGGCCUGUCUCCUCACCUUAGUCCUUGGGUGUGCGCUUAUUGGUCCCCUGGAAUCUCAAAGGGCCUGAGGCCUUAGGCUCCUUUAAGGUCUCUGCCCCAGGCAUGGUGCUCAAUAUCUUGGCCAAAUAAGUUAACUUUCCUUGAGUAUCCAGGAAUUUAAACUAAAGCAAUGAGUCGUCUGUCACCUUGCCCUGGAACUGCAGUGUAGCCGGCCUUAGUGUUCCUUGUGUUGUCUGCUUUGAUGUAAAACCACAGGUGUAUGGAGGCAGAGGCUGCAGUCCUCUGUACACACAGUAGGCCUUCACUUUACCACAGUCCUGAAUGAGGCAUGUGUACAUGGGUCAUGAGAUUGAUCCCAAGGAAGAGACUGCAGACACAUGAAGAUUUUUAGUCCUAAAUGCUGUUUUGUUUACUUCCCGUCAAGAUAUCAACCCCUGUCAAAUUCAAACUAUAGUACUGUGUAAUUAUGUAUAAAGGUUUUUUUAUUUAUUUGAAAUUAGAUUAGAUAUACAUUUUUAAAUUUAACAUCUGGCUGGACAGUGUUCUAUUAACUCAUUGAAUGUGUUUCUUUUGUCUUGUGUUAAUAAAUAUUGAUGCCUGA